ACUCCCUCAGCUCUUCACUUUCCUCCUCCCUCGCUUUCCUCCUCCUCAUUUGCAGGAACUCUCUUUUACUCUUAAAUUCCAACAAAACCAUCAAUCUCGACCCACCAACCACGAAAUGGACCGACCCAGAUUCGUAAUCGAAGCCGCCGAGGCUGAAUCCAUGGCCAAACAAUUGGGUCUCACCGUCCCCCACAUCCUCCCCUCUUUCGUUAAAUCAGCGCAGGCCUUAGCCCGCCCUCCCAUCUCUAACUUCUCUGUUGGUGCAGUCGGACUCGGAUCCUCCGGCCGGAUCUACCUUGGCGUUAAUCUCGAAUUCCCAGGUCUCCCUCUCCACCACUCCGUUCACGCCGAGCAGUUCCUCGUCACAAACCUCUUCCUCAAUGCGGAGCCCCACCUCCGCUACGUCGCCGUAUCCGACGCCCCCUGCGGCCACUGCCGUCAAUUCCUCCAGGAAAUCCGCGGCGCUUCCGAUAUGGAAAUCUUGAUCACCGGACAAGACGAACCUAAUUACAUUCCCGUCUCUCAAUUGCUCCCUCACAGGUUCGGCCCCGACGAUUUGCUCAACAAAGACGUGCCUCUCCUCCUCGAAUCCCACCAUAACGGAUUAGGGUUUCCGAACAAUUUUCACUCCAAUGGCGAGAUUGGGAAUUGGGAUUUGUUGAAGCACGCGGCCCUUGAGGCUGCCAACAAAUCGCAUGCGCCGUACAGCCGAUGCCCGUCCGGGGUUGCUCUGAUGGAUUCAGAGGGCAAAAUAUACAGAGGAUCGUAUAUGGAAUCGGCCGCGUAUAAUCCGAGCUUGGGACCGAUUCAAGCAGCGGUGGUUGCUUUAUUGGUGGGUGGGGGUGAGUAUGAAGGGAUUGUGGCGGCGGUGUUGGUGGAGAAGGAAGGAGCUGUAGUGAGACAAGAACAAACGGCGAGGUUGCUCUUGCAGAGUAUUUCGCCGAAGUGUGAGUUCAAGGUGUUCCAUUCCAGUCUGAUCGCCAAUGGUUUCAAAGAAUAAGACUUUCUUUGUUGAGCAAAAUCAAUGUGUAUAAUCAAUCGAUCAAUGAAAUCAAUGAAUAUUGUCUCCCCUGCGAAUUCCUCUGCUUCAUAUUUGCCAAAAUUAAAGCUUUCUUCUGCUAUAAAAUUCACAAAAUAAUUUUGGAUUC